GAUCCUCUUUCCUCCCUCCACACCCCCUCCUCCAUCCUCCUCGCUAGUGCUCCACUGUUCGCGCCAUGGACGUCCGUCUCCACCAGGCGCACCAGCCUGUCACCAAGGUCGCCGAUGACCUCGGUGAGUCCACGCGUGUGUCCUUUGUCAAGUUCCUGGAAGACCAGUGCCAAACAUCCAUUCAGGAGAUGAUCGACCGGAAUCAGUGCACCCUGCCGGUGGACUAUCGCGAUGUGGAAAAGUUUAGCUCUGUCCUGGCGGACGUCCUGCGCGACCACUUCCUGCGCGUGGAGCCGUACUUGCGUCUGGCCUUGUUGGACAUGGUCCGGCAAAUUCGCCCCGACGCGGCCAAGUCUCUCCAGGGGCAAUACCGCGAGUUCUGGAUCAGUCUCUACGGCUAUCAGGACAUUUGCCGCAUCCGCGAGUUGCGAACCCAUUCGAUUGGCCGGUUGUCGACCAUCUGCGCCACGGUCACUCGGCUGACCGAAGUUCGGCCGGAGCUGCUCCUUGGUACCUUCCGUUGCGGACUCUGUCAGACCGUUGUCCGGUCGGUCGAGCAGCAGUUCAAGUACACCGAGCCGGCCAUGUGCCCGAACAACCAGUGCAACAACAAAGCCAAGUGGGAGCUCGAUGUUGAGCAGAGCACCUUCUGCGACUGGCAGAAGGUCCGUGUGCAGGAGAAUUCCGACGAAAUCCCCCCGGGGAGUAUGCCUCGCACCAUGGAGAUCAUCCUGCGAAAUGAGACCUGCGAUCGUGUGAAGCCCGGCGAUAAGGCCGUCUUUUCCGGCUGCCUGAUUGUUGUGCCGGAUGUCGCGCAGCUGUCCUCCGGCCCCGGGGUCAAGGGCCAGACGCAGACCCGUUCCAGCAAUGCCCGGUCGCGCGAUGCCUCCGGCGAGGGCACCUCCGGGUUGAAGGCCCUCGGUGUGCGUGAGCUUACAUAUCGUCUGGCCUUCCUGGCCUCCAGUGCCGAUAACGCCGAUAGCAAUAUCAAACUCCGCUUCCAUGACAGCGAGAUGGAUGUCCGCGCCAUUGUCGAGUCCUUUACGCUGGAGGAGCGCCAGGAGAUUUGGGCCAUGAAAAACAGCCCCAAUCUCUAUUCGCGCCUGAUCAACUCCAUCUGUCCGUCGGUGUAUGGCAGCCACGAAAUUAAGAAGGGCAUCCUGCUGAUGCUUUUCGGCGGUGUUCAUAAGUCCUCGCAUGAGGGCGUUCGCCUUCGUGGUGACAUCAAUGUCUGCAUUGUCGGCGACCCCUCCACCGCAAAGAGUCAGUUCCUGAAGUAUGUGGCCUCCUUUGUGCCGCGCGCAGUGUAUACCUCGGGCAAGGCCUCCAGUGCAGCCGGUUUGACCGCCUCGGUGGUCCGUGACGAGGAGACCGGCGAGUUCACCAUCGAGGCUGGCGCCAUGAUGUUGGCCGACAAUGGCAUUUGCUGCAUCGACGAGUUCGACAAGAUGGAUCUCCACGACCAGGUGGCCAUUCACGAGGCCAUGGAGCAGCAAACCAUUUCCAUCGCCAAGGCCGGCAUUUCGGCCACCCUUAACGCCCGGACAUCGGUCCUGGCCGCAGCGAACCCGAUCCACGGUCGCUACGAGAAGCGCCGCUCGCUUAAGUACAACGUCAACAUGUCUCCGGCCAUUAUGUCCCGCUUUGACCUCUUCUUCGUCUUGGUGGAUGAGAUCGACGCCACUUCCGACCAGAAUAUCGCCCAACACCUGAUCCAGGUCCACCAGAACAAGAGCGUCACCCUGGCGCCGCCCUUUUCGACGGCUGAGCUUCAGCGGUACUUGCGCUUUGCUCGCGCUCUGCGUCCCAAGCUCACCCCCGAAAGCAAGGUCCUCCUGGCGGAGUACUAUCGCAAGCUCCGGCAGACGGAUGUCAACAAUGUGGCCGGCAAGACUAGCUUCCGGAUCACGGUUCGCCAAUUGGAGAGUAUGAUCCGCCUGUCGGAGGCCCUGGCCCGACUGCACUGCGAGGCCCACAUCCAUCCGCAAUAUGUGGACGAGGCGUAUCGUCUGCUGCGCAUGUCUCUGAUGCACGUGCAGACCGAUGACAUUUCUCUCGGCGAUCUGGACGCCAUCGAGGGGCUGGAUGACUUGAUGAUCCCCGAGGGCGAGGAGGAGGAGGCGGCGGCGGUCGAUGCGGCUUCUGCCGCGGCUGGGGUCCCCAGCUCCAGCGCCCUGGGCCCGGCAACACCGCAUGCCCCCUCCUCGGAUGUGCCCUCCUCGUCGUCGGGGCUUACGCCGGCUCCGUCAUCGGCACCGCCAUCGUCGGUUGACGCGGCGGCCAGCCGACCGGCUGCCGCCGCGUCCGGCCGCAAGAUCACCGUCGAGCGGUACAAGUCGAUUGCCCACCUGGUGGUGUACUAUCUCCGGCGGUUGGAAGACCAGGAGGCCGGGAACGCGGCCUCUGGAGCUCGGAUCGACGACAUCGUGGCCUGGUACCUGACGGACUUCAUCGAUCGCGAGCCGAAUGCCGCCGAGGAGGACGUUCGCGCCGAGGAGACCAUCGUACGGCUGGUCAUUCGGUCGCUCAUCGUUCGCGACCGCGUUCUCCUGGUCCUCAAGGAGAUGGACAGCCUGCCGGAGGCGAGCGACAUGGGCGGAGUCGCCGGGGGCGACCCGCUGGCCGCGCUGGCCAGCGCUGGGGCCAACCCGGUGGUCGUGGUUCACCCGAACUUCGUGGCCGACGACGCGUGAGUCUGACUAUGCCCGUGCUCAUAGGUAGCUCGGCCCAUCCCUGUCCUUGUUUGGGAGGCAAGAAGGAGCAAGCAAGCGAGCGAUCGGGCGGGGCAGGUGCGGAGAGGAGGGCGGGCCCCCGCCAUGGCCCCUUGCCGCAUGGAUAUCUGGACGCACGCAUGAUGUCAUCUGUGCGCAUUUUCAGCGGCACACAUGCACAUCUGCCUUCGCCUCUCCUCCCUCUUCCCCUCUCUCUCCCUCCCGCCCUUUCUCUCCUUCUCCUCCUUUCCCCUCUUCCCGUGCCUCCGUCCUUGUCACUCUUCCUCGUCUUUCCUCUCCCCUGGCACAAUCCGCUGCCCUCUUGCGCGGCGACCAGCACACCUGUGCCUGCGCACGCGCGAAUCGAUGAGAUACAAAAUACAAUCCCCUCACACA